AUGUUACGAAUCCCAUCCGGUGUCCUCGCUCAGGCCGCCCGGAGGACUGACAUCGGCGGCUGGAUGGACACGGAGAGCCAAAAUGGCUUGCGGUUCGAUUCAUCAGACAAUACCUCGCCCUUUGACUUGGUGUCCGACAUCUUGGGACGCGCGUCUUUCUGCUCCAUCCCAGAUGCAGGAAGCGACGGUCAAGCCCAGCUGUCCCAGGCGUUGAAUGGCGUUUCCGACAAGGCGAAGGAGGCGAAGGAGUUCCUGGUGCAGCUGAAGAACAUUCUGCAGCAGAUCCAGGAGAACGGGCUGGACUAUGAAGCCUGCCUGGUCGCUCAGUGUGACGCGCUGGUCGAGGCUCUGACUCGGCAGAAGGCCAAGCUGCUCACCAAGGUCACGAAAGAGCGGGAGCACAAGCUGAAGAUGGUCUGGGACCAGAUCAACCCCUGCACGCUGAAGCUGCGCCAGUCCACGGGGCUGAUGGAGUACUGCCUGGAGGUAAUCAAGGAGAACGACCCCGCCGGCUCCCUCCAGAUCUCGGACGCCCUGAUCAAGCGAGUCCAGGUGUCUCAGGAGCAGUGGGUCAAAGGUGCCCUGGAGCCCAAGGUGUCCGCGGAGUUUGACCUGACCUUGGACAGUGAGCCGCUGCUGCAGGCCAUCCACCAGCUGGACUUCAUCCAGAUGAAAUGUAGGGUGCCGCCCGGCCCCCUGCUGCAGCUGGAGAAGUGCUGCACCCGCAACAACAGCGUCACGCUGGCCUGGAGGCUGCCGCCCUUCACCCACAGCCCCGUGGACGGCUACAUCCUGGAGCUGGACGACGGCGACGGGGGGCAGUUCCGGGAGGUGUACGUGGGCAAGGAGACCCUAUGUACCAUCGACGGCCUCCAUUUCAACAGCACCUACAACGCCAGGGUCAAGGCCUUCAGCUCCUCCGGCGUCGGGCCUUACAGCAAGACCGUGGUCCUGCAGACGUCGGACGUGGCCUGGUUCACCUUUGACCCCAACUCUGGGCACCGGGACAUCAUUUUGUCCAACGACAACCAGACGGCCACCUGCAGCAGCUACGACGACCGGGUGGUGCUGGGCACGGCGGCCUUCUCCAAGGGCGUGCACUACUGGGAGCUGCACGUGGACCGCUACGACAACCACCCGGACCCCGCCUUCGGGGUGGCCCGGGCCAGCGUGGUCAAGGACAUGAUGCUGGGCAAGGACGACAAGGCCUGGGCCAUGUACGUGGACAACAACCGCAGCUGGUUCAUGCACUGCAACUCCCACACCAACAGGACGGAAGGCGGCGUGUGCAAGGGGGCCACCGUGGGCGUGCUGCUGGACCUGACCCAGCACACCCUGACCUUCUUCAUCAACGGCCAGCAGCAGGGCCCCACGGCCUUCAGCCACGUGGACGGGGUCUUCAUGCCGGCUCUCAGCCUCAACCGCAACGUGCAGGUCACCCUGCACACAGGACUGGACGUGCCAACCCACCUGGGGCGGCCCAAGCUGGCCGGCAACUAGCCCCCCCGACUCCCGCCCCACAAGGGCG